CGUACUGGUUAAUUGAAGACUUGUGAAGGUGCACGCCAGAUAUGGAAGAUAAAUUUCAAUGUUAAGUGGAGAAAUUGAGGAAAAAUGUGGAAUUUUUGGCCUCAGCGCCGAUAUUGUCAGCCAUGUUUACCAAAUUUUGAAAUUAUCCCCGGAAAAAUACAUUACCUAGUCUAAUACAUGCUUCUACUAGCUAACUAGUAUAGAUACUAGAUUUAUCUACACUAGUUACACUAACUACAACGAAAAAAUUCUGACAAAAUAAGUGAAAAUUGACUGAUUUCCAAAUUUCUGAUUUUCAACUAGGCUGAAAAUUUUGAUUUUUUUUCUUUUUACAUGUAGAGUCGAGGAUAUUUUUACAUGUUAUGACUUUACGAAAUAAUAUAUAUCAGCAAGACUGAGAAACAAUGUUGUCAGUCACCAGUUACCUGAGGAGAUACAAGAAGUCGUAUAUACAGAGUGCCCAGAACCGGCUCUUGAUCAAAGGUGGCAGAGUCGUCAACGAUGACAUGAUGCAAGAUGCUGACGUGUACAUCGAGGAUGGUCUUAUUAAACAAAUUGGAUCAAUCUCCACAACCCCCGGGGGCACACGGGUGGUGGAGGCCCCGGUCCCUGGUGGCAUUGACACCCACACUCACAUGCAACUGCCAUUCAUGGGGACAUUUGCUGUCGAUGAUUUCUAUACAGGCACUCGUGCUGCCCUGGCUGGCGGCACUACCAUGAUCAUGGAUUUUGCUCUGCCUCAGCGUGGAGAGUCACUGGUUGAGGCCUAUCACCGCUGGCGUACGUGGGCCGACUCUAAAGUGUGUUGUGACUAUUCCCUUCAUGUCGGAGUUACAUGGUGGUCAGACAAGGUAGCGGAGGAGAUGGAGGAACUGACAGAAGAACACGGGAUCAACUCCUUCAAAAUGUUCAUGGCAUACAAAGACACGUGGCAGCUAGGUGACGAAGAUCUCCUGAAGUCACUGAAGAGAUGCAAGGAACUAGGUGCUCUGGCUCAGGUACAUGCUGAAAAUGGUGACAUCAUUAAAGAGAAUUGUAGGAAACUUCUCUCCAUGGGCAUCACUGGGCCAGAAGGUCAUGAGUUGAGUCGGCCAGAAGAAGUCGAGGCAGAGGCAACCAACAGAGCUUGUGUCUUGGCCAAUCAGGUUGGAUGUCCUCUAUAUGUAGUGCAUGUUAUGUCAAAGAGUGCUGCUGAUGUAAUUUCCAGUAGGCGAAAGCAAGGCAGCAUUGUGUUCGGUGAGCCCAUUGCUGCCUCACUGGGGACUAAUGGUACACACUACUGGCACAAGUGCUGGAGGCACGCAGCUGCUCAUGUGAUGGGUCCUCCCCUUAGAUCUGAUCCAGAAACACCCAAAUACCUCAUGGAUCUGUUGGCAAAUGGUGACCUUCAGACCACUGGUACAGACAACUGCACCUUCUCAGCUUCCCAGAAAGCUCUAGGCAAGGAUGACUUCACCAAGAUCCCUAAUGGUGUGAAUGGCGUAGAAGAUCGAAUGUCAAUCAUCUGGGAAAAUGGUGUGGUAUCAGGGAAAAUGGACCCUUGCAGAUUUGUAGCAGUCACAUCCACAAAUGCUGCAAAGAUCUUUAAUAUUUAUCCCAAAAAGGGUCGCAUUGCAGUCGGCUCUGAUUGCUGUAUUGUUGUCUGGAACCCUCAUGCCACAAGAGUUAUUUCUGACAUGAAACACAUCACCAACUAAUACAUUUUUCAGGGCAUGGAAGUUCAUGGUAUUGCUGAUUAUGUUAUAUGCCAUGGCCGCGUUGUGGUGGAGGAAGGAGAAGUUCGAGCAGUGUCUGGCAUGGGAAAGUUUGUUCCUACCCCAUCUCACUGCCCCCAUGUAUAUGGCAGAGUACAGGAGAGAGACCGAGCAAAUGCGCCAUGCAAGGUUGAGCGUGCACCAUACGAUGGCCCUGUUGCUCAACUAAAUGGCGAUGGACGCAUGUCAAUACAAGAGGGUGGUAUCAUGGCGGUCAAUCAGGAGACUUUCUAUACUCGAGGUCCGACCAGAAGUGGGGGUGUCAACCUCCAUGAUUCAAGCUUCCACGUAUCGGGUGCACAAGUUAACGAUAAGUCUCCUAAACGACCAUCAGUGAAAGUAAACAACCCACCUGGAGGGAAGACGUCAGGCAGCUUCUGGUAGACCAGCCACAGUGAUGGUGGAGCCUUGCAUCGUUUGUGUUCAAGAAUGGCAAAUUCCUUUUUUUUUUUUUAAAUCCAUAUCUAUACAAUGUAUGAAAGAGGAUCAAAGAUUAUCCAUCAUUAUGAUAUUUAUUUUUUAUAUAAUGUUCAGUAUUAAAGCUUGACCUGUAGAAAGUGAAAUAAGCUAAAUUUUGUUCAGAAAAAUGCAUACAUUACGAAAUAAAAGGAUUUUAAUGUGCAGUUUAGAUCAAAUAUUUUGUCAUGCAGUGCCUAUGUACUUUUUUUUUACUUAAAAUUUCAAAGAUUGUGAAACACAUACUUGGGGCCUCAAUGAAAUGUUUAAUUUCAUAAGAUAUACAGUCUGAGAUGAAAUAAUUAAAGGGAAGUAGAUGAUACAGAAUGUUGCUUGUACAGUACUAGCAUGCAGGCUGCCUCUAUGAAUUAACACUACUGUCAGCCCUUCUUAGAUGGUUCAUCUUGUUAUUUAUGGGCUCUUUUAAAGCAUUUGCUUGAUGCUGGUGUAGGGCUCUUGAUCCAAAGAACUGGAGCUAUCCUCUCAAAUUCAGCCGGAUUAUGAUUCAUUUCCCCAGGUAUUAUAUGACCCCUACCCCAUGAAUUUAUAAUUACUGGGAAAACCUGGGUGAUACAUUUCCUGGAAAAUGAGAGAUUAUGAAGCUUGAUGCAGGGAAGGGGAAUGCAACUCAUUCCAUGGAUCAAGAGCCUUCCACCAGCAUCAAGACAUUCCUCUCGUCAUCCUUGAGGGGUUAUCACGUAAAGGAAAAGAUAAAAGAGCCGUUGACAUUUGUUGCCUUAUUAGAAGAAACUGAUGUGAAGUUUUAUAAGAUAUGCAUAUCUUACUAAAAAGAUUUUUCAACCAUCUUCAUUUGUAGUUUUCAUAUGACUAAAAAAACAUCAGAGUAUUAAAUAUUUUAGAAUUAUAGAUACAUAUUUAUAUUAUAAUUAAAUUUGAAGUCCCUCAUUACUUUCAAUAUUUAGUAACUAGUAUUUUUUCAAUACUUUUUUAUGGACAAAUUAUUUAUACCCAAGUCUAACAUUGGACUCAGUAUUAGCGCACUGUAUUUCAUCAGCUGUUUAGUAGUCUUGCACAAACUCUUGAUUUAUCAUUGCAACUUAUUCAAAUUUGCAGAAUUUAUUCUUAAGUAUUUAUACUAUUUUGUCUGUGUAGCCAUGCUGUGGUAUUUAUGGCAAUGGACAAUAAAAGUCAUGAACUUG